CCGGAUCCCGCCAGCCGUGAAGAUUCCCCGAGCACGGCAAGCACCGGCCUCAGGCAGAGCGGCUGUGCUCUGGCCCUGGCCCUGGCUCCUUCGCCAUCGUCUCCGGAGACGCCAAGCCGAGAGCGCGGAGCGGGCUGGGCCAGCUUCGAGUGGGAUGUCAUGGCCAGCUCUUCAGACAGUGAGGAUGACAGUUUCAUGGCUGUGGACCAAGAAGAAACUGUACUGGAAGGAACAAUGGAGCAAGAUGAGGAAUCCCACCCAGUGUUGGAAGUUGAAGAGACAAGACAUAAUAGGUCCAUGUCUGAGCUGCCAGAAGAAGUUUUGGAGUAUAUCCUGUCCUUCCUUUCACCGUAUCAGGAGCAUAAAACUGCAGCUCUGGUCUGCAAACAGUGGUAUCGGCUUAUCAAAGGUGUAGCCCACCAGUGUUACCAUGGUUUUAUGAAGGCUGUCCAGGAAGGAAACAUUCAGUGGGAGAGCAGGACUUACCCUUAUCCUGGAACCCCCAUCACGCAGCGCUUCUCCCACAGUGCGUGCUAUUAUGAUGCCAAUCAGUCUAUGUAUGUCUUUGGAGGCUGUACCCAGAGCAGUUGCAAUGCUGCCUUCAAUGACCUCUGGAGGCUCGACCUAAAUAGCAAAGAGUGGAUUCGACCAUUGGCUUCAGGGUCCUAUCCUUCCCCCAAAGCUGGAGCCACUCUAGUCGUAUAUAAGGACUUGCUAGUGCUAUUCGGUGGCUGGACGAGACCAAGUCCCUAUCCCUUACACCAACCAGAGAGAUUCUUUGAUGAAAUUCAUACAUACUCACCAUCUAAAAAUUGGUGGAACUGCAUUGUUACUACCCAUGGGCCUCCUCCCAUGGCUGGCCAUUCCUCCUGUGUGAUAGGUGAUAAAAUGAUUGUCUUUGGUGGCUCUUUAGGAUCCCGGCAAAUGAGCAAUGAAGUUUGGGUCCUGGACCUGGAGCAGUGGGCGUGGUCCAAGCCGAACAUCUCUGGCCCCAGCCCUCAUCCCCGAGGUGGCCAGUCUCAGAUUGUUAUAGAUGAUACAACUAUCCUAAUCCUCGGCGGCUGUGGUGGUCCCAAUGCCCUGUUCAAAGAUGCCUGGCUGCUGCACAUGCACCCAGGUCCCUGGACCUGGCAGCCACUCAAGGUAGAAAAUGAAGACCACGGUGCCCCAGAACUAUGGUGCCACCCAGCCUGCCGGGUGGGACAGUGUGUGGUGGUCUUCAGCCAGGCUCCUAGCGGGAGAGCACCGCUCAGCCCCAGUUUGAACUCUCGCCCAUCACCCAUCAGUGCCACUCCUCCAGCCCUGGUUCCUGAAGCCCGAGAAUACCGCUCCCAGUCCCCAGUGAGGAGUAUGGAUGAAGCUCCUUGUGUCAAUGGCCGCUGGGGAACACUGAGGCCCAGGGCUCAAAGACAGACUCCGUCAGGUUCCCGGGAAGGGAGCCUCUCCCCAGCCAGAGGAGAUGGCUCUCCCAUCCUCAAUGGUGGAACCUUGUCUCCAGGAACAGCAGCUGUCGGGGGUGCUUCCUUAGACAGCCCUGUACAGGUAGUAUCUCCAAGCACUCCAUCUGCCUCUGAAGGAUAUGACCUAAAAAUGGGACUUUCUCUAGCCCCCCGACGAGGGUCUCUACCAGAUCAGAAGGACUUGAGGUUAGGUUCCAUUGAUCUGAAUUGGGACCUGAAGUCUGCUUCCAACAGCAGUCACAUGGAUGGUACAGACAACAGGACAGUUGCAGGGAGUGUGAGACACCCUCCAGAACAGACCAAUGGUGUUCACACCCCACCACAUGUGGCCAGUGCCCUUGCAGGGGCUGUAUCCCCCAGUGCCCUGCGGCGGAGUUUGGAAGCCAUCAAAGCGAUGUCAUCCAAAGGGCCCUCAGCGUCGGCCACACUAAGUCCUCCUCUUGGGUCUUCUCCAAGCUCUCCUGGGAGUCAAAACCUGAGCAGUGGAGAAACAGUACCCAUCCCCCGCCCAGGACCAGCCCAAGGAGAUGGUCAUUCUUUACCCCCCAUUGCUCGCCGUCUGGGCCACCACCCUCCACAGUCCCUCAAUGUUGGCAAACCCUUGUACCAGAGUAUGAACUGUAAGCCCAUGCAGAUGUAUGUUCUGGACAUUAAAGACACCAAGGAGAAAGGCCGGGUCAAAUGGAAAGUGUUUACUAGCAGUUCCGUGGUCGGACCUCCGGAGACCAGCCUGCACACAGUGGUGCAGGGCCGAGGAGAGCUUAUCAUAUUUGGGGGGCUCAUGGACAAGAAGCAGAAUGUGAAGUACUAUCCAAAAACAAACGCCUUGUACUUUGUGCGAGCAAAGAGAUAAUGUGUUCAAAAUCCCUUUUCGUUUGGAAUUUUCCAGUGUACAAGCAUCUGGACUGAGACUUGGGAAAACAACAUGACUCCCACAAACCAAAACUCCAAUUCCAGGCCUAACUCACUCCAGGCUGGGAUCAAAUCUCCAUUAAGGAAAAGAUUAUAUAUAAAUAUAUACAGAUAUAUUAUAUACCCAACUCUGUUUACAAGUAAAGGUGAGAUCUCCGUCCUGGUUCAGAUGAGCUGUUGCGGAGGCUGUGCUGGCCUUUUCUGUUGUGUUGGCCAGGAAGUUAGGGAAAGACAAACAGCAUUAACUUCCCACGAGAAGCAAGCUGAAGAGCCCCCUGUGAUCUCUGUGGCCUUCUCAGACAGACGCCGCGCUGCAGGGUCAAAGUCAGUUAACAGAAAAAGUUCUGUCCCCUCCUGUUUGAACCACAGAGGACCUGUGAUGGCUCUGCAGAAGCACUCUGUGCCUGGUCCCUUCUGUGAUCCAGAGAAGUCACCCGACAAGAAAUACUGUUCCCCACAUGCUGGAGUCACGGUGAAACAAUGUUUAGAGAGCCGCCAUCUGUCUGCCUCCUUCCUGUCCGUCGGUCCUGAGUUCUUCCCACAUGUCUCAGCAAACAUGCAGUGUCCAAUUAUGAGAUUUUUCUGACAAUCGUGUUUGGUUGCAAGUUGCCAAAAAAACAUACUGUUUUCCUUUUAGAAUUGGGUCCUCAGAGGCCCCUUUUCUGUCUGUAGGCUGCUCCCCUGCCCUUCAGUGGUUUGCUUUGUUUUGGGAUGGUUUAUUUCACUUUUUGUUUUGUUUUGGGCUUUUGGUCUUUUUAAAAAGCAUCAGGACUUCCAUUGCUCCAGCUUCUCUUACAAAACUCCAGUGUCUGUAGAUGUCAGAUUUCUCAAGCCUUCCACCGCAGUGUGGGGGUACACACCUGUGACCCUAACACUCAGAGCAGAGGCCGGAUGAUGGGGCUAGCCUGGGUUAUAUGAUGAGACCCUGUCUCAACAAAACAAAGUAAAAUUAAGAUGCCAAUAUCAGUAAAACAAAACAAAACUCAGAAGCAUAAGAAGACACACACCCCCACCCUAGGCAGGUUCUCACUAUGAAGCAUAAGACACACCCCCCCACCCUAGGCAGGUUCUCACUGUAGCUCACAGACUCUCCUGCCUUCGCCUCCCGAAUAUUGGGAGGAAAGACACAUGCCACUAGGCCCAGCCCCAAAGAUUCCUUUUUCUCUGUGUUUCUUUUAUCUCCUUUGACUGGGCACACCUGUCCCCGUUAGUAAAAUGUAGGAGUUGGUCUUAAAGGGGAAUCUGGGAACAGUUCCUCCCAGAAAGGGUCUCCUGACUUGUGACACCUUCUGCUGUGCUGUUGGCAAGUGACUGGGUUGAGAAUUGCAUCCUUAACACUUGGAGAUGACCUGGGGGCAGCACUAUCUAUCCUUCGGGCUCUCUUGUUUGCACCUUAGUCCCCAGCAGGCUUUGUACUUUCACUUCAGUCGAGAUAAGUACAGCCCCCCAGGAGAGGGUUCGUGUUGUUCAGAGGCGCUGGAAAUGACUAGACUUGAAGCAGCCUGUGCAUAGGAGAUAGCAAAGAAGAUUAUUUUAAAUGGCCGUGCAACUCUGGAUUUUUGUGGCUUCUUGUCAGUGGUGAAGGAUUUUCACUUUGCCUUUAAAACCAAAACUAAAACAAUGAAAGCGUGUUUCCCAGCCCCACCCACUCUCCUUUUUUCUUGUCAGCAUCUCCCAGACACAAGACCACUGCUGCUGGCCCCACCUGUCUGAGAGCUGUGUCUGCUUCACUCAGUCUUCCCUUAGCCAUUCACUCUGCUCUGGUGGUCUUGGCAGGAAAGCCCCCUGUGGGAGCCCAGGGAAGGCCUGUGCUCUGGAGCUGCUCCCGAGGGAACACCCGUGUGCCUACUUCUGCUCCCACCGCUCCGGCUCCCUGCCUUGUCAUUUCUGCCAGUCCUUAGCCGAGACUGUUUGAUCCUGUGGGGCCCUGCCUUAUGAGGCGAGGCCAGCAGAUGAGCAGCCUGGUAUUACUGAACCCUGGCUGUGAUGUUUGCAUGUGGACAGUGCCCCUGGACUUGGUUUCUACUUAAAUACCAAGUAUUCAGACACUUGGAAGUUUAAAAUCUCCACUUUGUAGUCUUUCUUUUUCCCCUGUGGCCUUCCUAAGCUAGCUGUCAACUGUUGAUUCUCCUACUUUUCCCAAGUAGGCAGGCAACAGAAAUAUUAACCUCUUCAAAAGCAAUGGGUUCCUCAGAACUCUGGGGUCCUGGGGCUGGCUGCACUGCUGAGAGCCCGGUAUCUGCAGUUCCUCCAGAGGAAACAGAGCGAGCCUUGUGUGCAGCCAGCAGUGCAGGACUUGGUAGUCCCUGAGCUCUGUGGAUGUGUGCCAUGGGAAAGUGACUCCACAGUGACGAUGGUGUCUUCCCAGCCCUGGGAGACUGUGUGGCAGGACUUCCGGUGUCUCCGCAGAGGUCGGCAUUCCCACAACACCGGUAGUUCAAAUUUAACCACAACUCCUUUUUUUUUGACACGAUACCAAUUUUGUCUUAAAAUUCACUGAGAGACAUGAGACAAAAUAUUUUGUUUGAACCCUCAGGAGCACCUAAAGCAAAUAUUUAUCAGUAUUUAAGUAUUUAAAAUACAUCUUGUUUCUACUUGAAGCUUUAACCCUUUCCAUUCCUACAAGUGUGCCUUUGAGAGCCCUCGGUCAUAUUAACCAGUCAUUUCGCUGGCCUCUCCCGUGUGAGAGUUCUGGGCACUGCUCCGCCCCUGCACAGAGCCUCCUGUUCAUCAUCCACACACCAUGCAGCAGAGAACAUUGGUUUUCAUUCCUCUUUCCACCUUCCUUCCUUGCUUGGGGUGAGCUCGUCACAACCCCACCUCGUGCCACAUUUUGGGAUCAUCAGUAAGGUGUAGUAAGAGUUUGUUUAAGGUAAUGCUGGAACUUGUCCCCCCCCCCCCCCAGCCUCUGUGGGUUGAUUGACUUUGAUGUUUGAGCCACGAACUGUGGAAGAGCGGUCUUGGAACUCCUUAAAUACAGCAGAGAAGAGGAGGAAGCCGCAUUGCGGGAACAGCCACUGGCAACAGAACAAGGGGGUCCUCCCUUGCUUUACCACAUCUUUCUGGGUUCAUUCUGCUUUGCUUUUCCCCUUCAAAGUGAAUCACCUGCUUAGUGUGUCCGUCUGUCUGUCCUUGUCCUCAUGGUGACCCCAGCAUGGUGAUGUACUCUGCUUUGUGUUAUCUCACCAGCGCAUAUGAUGGUGGGGAGGAGCUGAAGGGGGCCAGGAAAGGAGACCUGGCCUUGGGUACUGCAUACACCAUGUUCUGCCUCCAUUGAUGGCCUCUCACCGCCGCCCUCAUGGGUGAAAGCCAGCCUGUUGGGCUCCACUGUGCUCGCUCCGCUCGCUCUGUCCCCUUCUACCAACCAGGGCUCAUGUCAGUGCGCACCCACCGUGCCCUGGCGAAGCUGGUGCUGUGAGUGAUGUUUCCAUGCCACUCAGGGGCGCCAGGUGGCUCACCCUGAUCGUCAUUUUAGGCACAUCACAGUGUAGGAAUGAAAAUGGAACCCAUGGAUAUUUAAAUCUGUCAACUUCGGUUUUGUUAAUGUUUUCCCCUGAUGACUUUUUAGCAGUUUAACAAAUAAAACAAAAAUGGACUGA